AUGCCCAAUUUUACAGCCUUCCGAUUUGUUUUAUCAUGUUUAAUACUUGGACAUAAUUAUGAUACAUACAGCCAACUUCUUUUAUUGAAUAAUAUCAAACCAUUUUCAUUAUCUGCAUUCUACAAUAUCCUAGAAACAUUUUCUAUUGCCAUAGAAAUACUCUCCGUAAAGCAGGUAGCUGAUGAUUUGCAAGAAGCUGCAAAGAAAUCACAAAAUGGAUUAAUAAUAAUGAUAGACUUUGGAUGGGGACAUAAGCGAGAAUCAUCAAAUGGUGCUCUUGUUGUUAUUGAUGCCACUACUUCUAAAAUUGUUUAUUACAAAGUGAUUGAGAAGUGUCGUUCUUGUAGAGAUUCAAGUGAUAUUAUUAAUUGCAAAACUGGGAUGUUUCAUGGAAGUUCAAAGACAAUGGAAGGAGAGUCAGUGAAACAGUUUUGUUCAGAUAUGAAGAGCAAUAACAUUAAUAUCUCAUGUGUCAUUCAUGAUGAGGAUAGUAGUACAUUGAAACAUAUUGUUGAUCAAUAUCCGAAUGUAACAUCCUAUUUGGAUAUUAAUCAUAUUAGAAAAAACCUCUACAAAUCAUUAAUGAAACCAUCAGGUUUGUUUCGUCGUGGUGACAAAGCAUUAUUGAAGAGAUUGGCUCCUAGAAUUAAUGCAUAUGUUAGCAAAUUUAUUUCUAAAGCAACUUCUCUUGAUGAAUUACAAUCUUGGUUAAAGAACAUUCCAAAUCAUUUAUGCAACAAACAUGAUGGUUGCUCACAGGGAUGCCCGUUUAAAGAUCCAAACCAUAAAACUCCCAAUAAGCUAUGGCUAUCUGAAAAACGCCAUUCAUUUGUGAUUAAGUAUUUAAAAGAAAAGUUAAACAACUUGGUUCUGAAAGGAAAAGCAAUUUUUCACCAUUACUCAUCAAAUCCGUGUGAAUCAUUUCACAGAAUGAGAAUUAAAUAUGUCUCAAAGAAUAUCAAAGGGACAAGAUAUUUCCGAACUCGUGUUCAACAAGCAGUUUUGGAUAAGAAUGCAGGUAAAACUUGGAUUAUAAGGUUAUUUGAUUUAUUGGAUAUUCCAGAAGAAGAAAUAUGGAAGAGCAAUAUGAAUAAGUUGAAUGAAAAAAGAUCUAAAGUAUUGAAACAUCAUCAUACUGAAGAAGCCAAAAAGCAAAAAGCUAACAACAAGAGGAAAUUCAAGGAAUUAUCUCAAACUAUGCCCCAGAGCGAGGCCACUUAUGGACUAUCGUGUGAUUGCAGUUUGGGGUGUGAUUCAAAUACUUGUGCUUGCAAGAAGAGUAAGAUGGUGUGUUCUACAGCUUGCAGAUGUAUUAACUGUAACAACAAACAAAACCAACACACUACCCAAUCCACAAUACCCAUCAAGAAGAAGAAAACACAUUAUGUUGGUUCCAUUAUUCCCACCUCAAGGAAGACGAAAUGUUGUUCUAAUUGCGGAAGUUACUUUACUCACUUAGAAAAGUGUCCCUAUUGUACUGUUGAGGUAUGUGCAGAAUGUAAUGGAGAUCCGAUGUGCAAAUGUUGUGUCACUCUAACACAAGAACAAGAAGGAGAUGAUGGUGGAAAAUGA